AUGAGUACUGGAUCACCCAAACGAGGAUGGAGUCCCCACUCCGCUGCCCUGAAACGACGACAACGCAAGUCUUCUGCGGACGCUAGCAAAAUUCUUGGCGCUCUUGGCAAUCUCGACAUUGCAUCUGAUGAUGAGGAUAUUGACCUUUUCAAGAUGGCUAUGGAAAAGGAUAAAGAUAAGCCUCUUCGAAAGGGCAGAAGGAAGGGCAGUUCCCCUGCUAAGAAACGUUCCAUGUCCCCCAGGAACAAACUGCUGGAAAACAAGAAACUAGCCGAAAAGAAUGGAGGUCAGGUUCCCUUGCAAGAGGACAUUCCUCCCGCGAUUGCUGAGAAACUGGCCAUCAUUUCUGAUCCUGAGACGGAUAUUAAGGAACGUAUUAAACUAGAAGUGGAAAUGCGAAAGAAUCCUGAAGAAGAAGAAUACCUUGCAAUUUUCCGAACCAAGUUUGACCGCAAGAAGUUCCUGAGUGUCAAGGAACAAAAGGAUAAGGAAGAACAAGAACAAUUGCAAAAGAACCUGAAGGAAGAAGAACUGCGAAAGAAACAAGAAGAGGAGGAAUUUGCCAGAGCAAGACAGGCUGAACUCGAUGCACAGCGUGAAAAGGAAGAGAGAGAAGAGAGAAUGAAGGAAGAAGUGCGACUGCACCGUGCCAAAGUUUUGGUCCAGGAUUCUGAAGAAGUCCGGAAGAAUGCCGAAAAGAUGUUGGUCGGAGUUAUCGAGAAGAUGGCUUUGAAUGAAAUGGAAGAGAAGGAACGACAAGCACGAAUUGAAGAAUUCUUGCAAAAAGAGGGCGCUGAUUUGACCCAUGUCGAAAAAGAACUGGCCAAAGCCCUUAUGGAACAGAAAAGCACCAGGACCGACCUCUAA